AUCACUGCUGACUGUAGUUUCCUGUCCAACAGCAGGAGCAGAAGUCUGAGUCAAGUAGGAUAUAGAAGGAGUCAGGAGGCGAAACGGGUUGCACGGAACGGGUACUCAAUUUAAGAUUGUAAAUACGUUUGGUAAGGUGGUGCAGAAACGCAGUAGAAAGCGAGGAAACCUGCAGCGCAGACAAAGAGAUUUCAGCCUUGCAGCGUAAACCUCCCAACAUCUGGUUGGGAGGACGGGGCGAGCAGGAGUGAGAAAGUUUAGAGGCGGAGAGAGAAUUAUCUCCGCUGGCGAAAAUGCUCUGAAUUUGGAGUUUAGUUUACCUGCAUGAGCCAUAGAGAGACUAGGUGGUCGUGUGAAGUGACAAGAGUUUGGGGGGGAGAUUGGAUUGGAAAGGUCUCAGAGGGCUUGAAGUCCACCUGGAGCGACCAGAAAAUGAAUUAGUUCAAAGGCCCGGUUGCAAAGAGUUCCAGCCAGAAAGAAGGCUCAGUCACCUCCUCCCUAAAGAGCCAGGCCUACGCCCAUGGAUGAGGAGAGGAGUGCCGCUGCCAUUUCGCGAGAGCCACCUGAUGAUGGAGACCCCGGUUUGCCAGCUCCGCAACCAAGUUCGCAAACAAGCUCAAACGCAGAGAAUGAAAACAUCUGUCCGAGCCCACAGCCCUGCCCUGGUGAUGAUGUGGCCCACACCUACACUGAGCCCCUCAUAUUGAGGUUAAAUGGCACCCCGGAACGGUUGCUAAGCAAUGAUGGCGACAACUGCAGCUCCGGCACCAGCCAUUCAGAUGUGGCGCUUACAGCACCUUACAAGAGUAUCACAUCUCAACCAGCAGCCAGAUCCACGCCCAUCCACCACACCCAGCCAUGCCGGUCACAGCCCAGCAGCCAGAUACGCAGUGAAGCCAAGAACCACGCACACACACGCUCCCCUCACACGCACUGUCCGAAUCACACGCACACACCUCACACGCAUGUACUCCAGUCCAACGGGGUCAGGAAUCCUAAGCUGGGCUCCCUACCGAGAGGCGGCUCAUCCACCUCCUCAUCUUCUUCAGCGGGACCCAAACACACCAAGAAAUUGCAGUCCAACCCUUCCAUCAACUCACAGAGCAGCAAGAGAAGCAAGAGCAGCUCCAAGAGCAACAGCUCCCAGAUUCCCACAGAGGCACAGGACGACUGCUGUGUUCACUGUAUUCUGGCGUGCCUCUUUUGUGAGUUUCUAACCCUGUGCAACAUUAUGCUGGACUGUGCCACCUGCGGCUCCUGUGUGGGAGAGGACUCGUGUUUCUGCUGCUGCUGCAUCACCGAGGAAUGUGGCGACUGUGACCUGCCCUGUGAUAUGGACUGUGGGAUCAUCGACGCCUGCUGUGAGUCUGCAGACUGCCUGGAGAUCUGCAUGGAGUGCUGCAGCCUUUGCUUCUCUUCCUGAGGCCCUUAGCCAACUCAAAAUGUCUGCUAUGCAUUUUUACAAAGCCCAGGAGCAAGUUCGAGUAGUGGCUUGUCAGAUAUAAGAAGUGCUACACCCAGUCGCUGUUCCCUGGACAUUGCGGUUCGUACUGCAUUGGCUGGUCUAGUUGGCUCCGCAAAAUGUCCAAUGUUUCCUACAGGCGAAAGAUUGUGACCUAAUGCUGAAAUUGGUCACCGGUGAAUUAUUCCUUCCUUUACUGAUCAUGCAAUGACACAGUAAACUUCACUUUGUUGUCUUUGCUGUUGGCUCAUUGCUACACAGCUGGGUGAAUGGUGUGGACUGAAUUGUAGUUGUGGUCUAUGAGCGUAUGCCAGGCUAUGCAGACUCUGGACCCUCAUGGAACAAGCCAUUAUUACAAUGGAGCCCCUUGUGCCGUCUGAAUGACUGGAGUUCUCCAAGCAUGAAAAAUGACCUCUAAAGGCAAAUGAGAAAAUGGCUCAAUUUAACCGGAUUUUAGUGUUUCUGUAGAUAAGAGCAGCAGCAUAAUGGGAAAAUGGAUGCUCAGAUCUCAGUAGAAACGCAGUCCUUCUGUCCUUUCCAAGGUUAAAGUCUGGUAGUUUGAUUGCGUACAUUGGCCUUUGUGACACACACACACACUCAAACGUUGAAUCCAGCCCUGUCUUUGUCCUUGUUACAUUGUACAAAACAGAGAAAACAUAAAUGGUGGCUUGUGGCAAUAUUAGUGACUUUUUUUGUUAAUAUGCAUCUUUCUCUGACUGACUUAUUGUGAAAAGAGAUCAUCAUGAGAUUGUCGUGCUUCAGCCUGGAUUUGAGUCCUGUUAAAUGAGUACUGUAUGAAACAGACAUCACAGAGCGAAUGGUUGAUAGCAUUUGCAGUAGAGUCUUUUUUUAAUAUGUGAAAAUUCAUUUAAUAUUUUGCAUCUUGUUUACUUUUACAUUUUAUUUUAGGGGCUUUGAGUGUAUUCAAUGAAUUCUCGCUCAUCUGGUGAAGGACUGGAAGGCAUCAUCUCCUUUUUAAUGUUUCAUUUUUCCUCUGUCGUUCAUGCUAUGUGAACAAAUGGCCUCGGCUUAGCUUAAGGCCUGAAUUUUCAAGUAGUUUCUUUGCCUUUACCAAAUCUCUAUUAAUCCUUGUUUUGUAGAUUUUAGUUAAGAUAUUUGCAUCUCUCCUCUAAUGUGAAAAUCACAUUUCUGUGUUAUCGGGUUUUGCCGGGCUCUCUGUAAGGCAGACAUUGCUCAACAUCUAAUUUAAUUCCUUGAGUGAAAAUCUCACGACAUUAUGUUAAGUUAGAUCCAUGUGCUCGUAGUAUGAAUGGUACACUUUUGAUAGCAGGCCUGCACUCUCGUACGCUCCGGCGCAUACCUUCUUCAACUCAAUACCUCUUGAGAUGUCAUCUAGAUCUGUUGUGCAUUUUAUAAUUACUUGAUAAAAAUCUCUCUUUUCUCUGAUGAAAUACUGUUAGAAAAAUUCUUUUUUUAAUAGUUUACUGUUACUGGAAUAGAAGUGCUAAUGUGCCUGGCUAAUGUGGCUGUGUUUGAUUAAACCCUAUUUUAAGGGUUGCAAUCUCACGCUGAUGAUGAAACCACACUACAGUUUAAAUCAACUUCCUGACAGCAAAGUAAAAAAUUUUGAAGUUGCAUGUUGCAAUUUGCAUUUUUUUUAUUUGGAGCAAGCUGGCCAGCUAAUAUUACUCAAGAAGAGUUGCCUGAUUUUGGCAUCAGUGUUGAGCUGACUAAAUUUUCAGUGACAUUGUGAAGAAGGGCUAAAAUGUUUUAACUCCUUACCCCUUGAAAGCCUACUAGUAAUAAUCUUUGAAGCUCUUUUCUUAACUGAGCGGUUUCUUUCAUAUUUCAGGUCUGCUUGUAGAACAAGAUGACUGCGUUCGCAUUAUAUCGUAGUGAGGGUGGUCUCUGCCUGUGUAGCUACCCUUGGAAAAACCCAGAAACUAUUCUAAUGGUUGUCAAACCACGUCUUUAUUGAUAUAUACUAAGGUGUCAAAACUUGUCAUUAAGGGUACAUGGGAAGUCUUUAAAUGUUGCUUUUAUACUGUUCAAGCAGUACAUAUACUUUUUAUGAUGAAGAUUUCUGUUGUUCCAUGGCAGAAAAUGGGGGCAUAUAUAACAACUAAAACAAAACAAAAAAAAUCUUUAAUGGCAUCAGCAGCCACCCAGAAUUUUGCAAUUGGUGCAUCUCUAAUUAAUACCUGACUGGACAUAUCAUUCAAAUUUAGGGACAUUCUGACUGAACUGACGCAAAGAGCCCUGGAAAACAUGCCAUUAUUAAAGUACAGAGAGGUUUAUGAAGGGAGAACUAAUUAUCCAAGUUUAUAGCAUGUAUAGGAGUGAUAUCAAUGUUAUUUCUUUUUAUUUACAACAUAUUCCAAGUGGAUAUUCAUAUAAUGGUGCUUCAUCUAGGGAUCUACUUCUGUGUCACCAGACCAAACCAAAUAUCUCUGGUGUGUGCAAGGUUAACAUUUCCUUAACAACACUGGUUCGUUAACAAUGGAGAAUAAAUAAUAAAAAUAGUUUUGUACCACUGGAAUAGAUUUCAUUUAUGUGCCUGCAUUGCUACAGAGCCAACAAAUUAUAAUAGUACCACCAGACUCUAUUGUUAAAAGUGAAAGGCUAUUCUACGUAGAGCCUAGCCAGUAUGAGAUUUUAAAGCUCGAUAUUGAUAUUUCGUGACGUAAAAAGCUGAUAUUCCGAUAUAUCGGCCCAUAUCGUUUUUUCUUCCAUGCACACAAAACAUGAACGGAUUUCCUUAACAUCUGUUAUGUGUAGCUAUUUAUUCGCUCGUUUACGAUCUUCCCGACAUAAGUUGCAGAGUGCCCUCUAGUGGACAUUGUCAACACCCAUGAUUUAAGGGUGUUUCUCCCACGUCUUGUUUAGUUUUUUUUAAUUAUCAUUUAUCAACUGCUAUAAAUGCCAGUAGCCAUAGGUCAGCAAAUCACUAUUACUGGCAAGUAAUAUCCAUUCUGCCAGUUAGUUUACCUUACAAUCAUGCAAUCUACUUGGCUAAGACGUGUAAAAUUAUGAAAAUUCUGAAUACGUAGUUUCAUGUUUCCUACCAUCAAAUUUUAUGCCUUGAACAAAGACAACCCAUUUGACUUUUUCUAAUCAUUUAUGGUUUCUCAAAACUCCAAACUAUAAGUUUCAAGGCUCUUAGCACUCUGCUGCAGUUUCUCCCUGAGCUCAGACGCCAGUGUGAAGCAGGCAAUCUUUUAGGCCUUUAAAACCAGGACCAAUUCAAUGUGGGAAACUCACUGAACUUGCUUGUUGCAUUUAACUGAUUUUAUCUAACUUAAAUUCUGCAACAAAGCCUUUUUUACUCUGUUAACAUUUGGCACUAUCUUGUGAGUUUUACAUUUUUCAAAAAGGAGCUUCAACUAAGCCUUUCAGAAGAUAAAACAUAAUUGUGAACUAUAAAGCUCAGGAAGAAGGUGCAGCUUGUUUGAAUCUAGGUUGUACUAUGCAGAACAAAUCAGAUUAAUGUCUGCGUUGAAAAACAAAAAAAAUUGUACAGUUCAGUUAAAUUUCUUUAAAUAUAUUUUAUGAUUCAGUCAUUUCAUAUUGUUUUAUGUUUUGUUUCCCAGCUUAUAGAAAAUGGAUAUGGUCUGGAGGUACUGAAAAUGCUGUUUACUUGGUCUGGUGAUGGAGAGCACUCUCUGCCUGGGCGUUCAAAGUUCCUAGAUGAGCGCCAGUUUUGCACUUAGAUCAAUCUCUAGAACAUAGAGAUGGUUUUGAGAUGUGGAUCUGAUGUGUUUAUAUCAAACAGUUCAUCAUCUCGUUUCGAAUAUUUCCCUUGUAUUCAGAGAAGCUAUUAUGGUAAUACUGGAAGAAAACAAGUUUGCUUUCAGUGAUUUUCAUGCUCAGUAUUAUUGUUUGGGGUGUUUUUUUUACUCACAGUGACCAAAGAAAUGUCUGUUGGCUUUUAUGGCUUUUUUUUAUCUUAUUAUGGGAAUGGAAUAGAAUUGAAUUUCCAAAUUGAAUUUAAGGGCUGGCCAACUCUGUUAAUAGUAUGAAAGUUUUCCAUAUCCCAGCUUAAAUGUUAGUAGACUGUAGUCCACUAUAAUGUUGUUUUGUUUACAUUUUCCCCAUGUAAUGUCUAUUUGAGUUGCUAUUCUGAACGUUGCCUUAACUUUUUGUUUAAUACUGAAUAAACAAUGUGAACUCCA